AUGAUUUCCCGUAAGAUAUUAAAAAUAACAGAUAACGAAGACGGUAAAGCGAAACGCGGCGCGACUAGAGAAAAGGAGAAUAAGCAGGAUAAAAUGGAAUACUUUGGUUGUACUGAAAUACGCUCGAUUGCAGUAGCGGUGCGCGCGUUUCAGUUGGCGCACAACGACUGGCGCAGACAAGGCGCGCGGUGCGACGCAGCGGGCGGGCGAACGAGCGAUUUCACCGCUGAUAUUGCGACGGCACGUUGCUUGGAGCCCGACCCAUAUUAUGUAUAG